AUGUUCCUCAAAUCGCAGGCUGAAUGGUUCCGUUAUAGCCAUCAUAUGGCGCCCUUGCCUGCAUCGAUUCCCGUGGCCAUGUCGGUUGAAAGGUCGAAGUUGCCCACUCAAAGUACUCUUGUUUUCCCAAUCGAGCCGACUAGUGGUUUGAAUCGAUCCCAUGCGUCCAGCGCAAGGGCUUCAAUUUCACCCGUCGUAGUGAAUGGUCGUCGAGCUGGACUUGAACAUAGACAUAAAACCCUUUCGAACGAAGUAUCUGUACCACUGGAGCCUGCUGUGACCCCGGCCUCUUCGAUGCGCCCACCUCAAGACGCAUAUAUGCACCCAAAUGCCCCCCGAGGUCUUGCUAGUUACCAGGUUCCUGAUCUGCCUUACGACCGUCAAAAUCAGGCCUCUCGAGCAGCUUCAUCUUUGCCUUCGUCUGGAUAUUUGGACUAUAUGCCACCCCCGAGCGUACCACCUCAUGCCUACUUUGCGAAUACCUUUACGCCUUCACGAGCUCACAACGGCCAAACCGCUCAAUCACUACCUAUAUCUGGAUCGGAGCCGAAGCUCGCACCCCAGAACGCCGUUCCCCAUUCGGGUCAUCAGCAAUCACAAAUACCUCUUUCUGGACCGUCCGACUCCCCAGGUACUUCCUUAACGAAUGUAUCGAAUGCGCGUCGGGUGGCCCAACAUCUUAGCGAUCGUUAUGCCGCUAGAAUUGCUGCGCCCACCCCUGUUCGUGUUCCUAUCCACAACCAAGGCUCCUUGUUGGCGGCUGCUUGGACUCCCCCUUCUCUCCCCGGUUCGUCUCCCGGCCCUCCCAAUUCUGAUCUAGUGUACCCAGAGGAAACUACUCACAACGGCAGCGAGCGCGCUGACGAAGACCGCACCUUGUUCAAUGCUAGUGAUCCCGAUGUUGUCGACGCCCGAAGGACAAGCACUGAUCUCUCUUCAAGUCAUUUUCGUCCUCGUCCACUCACCCCGGAUACGAUGUUUGCUCUCAUGGAUCCCAUUCUCAUGUCUUGGUCUUCAUGA